CUAGUCUUAAAUAUCACUAGUUUUGUGGUUAGCGAAACCCUAAACCCUUCCAGGCACAGCAGAAAUUUUUGGAGUCAAUUUUUGUAUCAGAGAGACAGUAUGCCUUCUAAACCCAGAAAGAAUUCAAAAACACCGCCAAUAUCAAAGCAGCUCUCAUAUUCAGCAGACUCUGUAUCAUCAUCGGCAAGAAAAACAGACACCGAAUUCAGUAAUGAUGACGAAGAAGAAGAGUUUUAUGCUUCUCUACUUGAAAUUGCAUCCACUAAGUUUCCAUCUUUGAUAUCAAAAUCUGCUUUUGUUGGCCAAAUCCAUAGUUCCAAGCCUUAUUCAGGAUCUAAUGCUGCUACUAUUUGGCUUUCGGAAUCACCUUUUUUCUCUUCCUCAAUAACUCCAGGCUCCAUCGUUUCGGUCUCACUUGCUUCUUCUAGAAAAAAACUUUUCAGUGACUCUCCUCUUGAGUCAUUAUCAAAUCAAAGUGGGGAUGACAGAGUAGGGAUUUUUUUUGCGCUGGCAAGGGCAUAUCCUUCUUCUGAGAUAGUAACGAACUGCGCGCGACUCUCAUGGAGCCUUUCAUGUACACUGGGCCUUCCUGCUCCUGGCAAGACACUUUUUAUACAUCCGAUCCAGACCUGUUUUACAGAAGGCACUGUAAAUGGGACUGAUAAGUUGCUUGCAUCAAAUGUGACUGCAUCUCUUCUCCCCCUCUGCAAUUGCAAGUAUUUCAAUUUAGAACUCGUCGCAUUACAUGAAAGACCUAAAGAAAAUGACACCGGCUUGUCUGUAACUAAUUCUAGGGCAGGAGCACAUCAAGAUCGGUUGGAGAUUGGGGAGUCAUCUCCCAAGACGCCUGUAACGUACCAGCCGAAACAUAAACCUCCUGGUGUUACUCUUGAACGAUACCGAGAUUCUGUAUCCACUGUGCGCCAUUCAGGUGAGACAUUGUCUGUUCCAUAUGACAUAAGUGAAGCUGCAAUUGAUCGGAAGAAAUUAUUAGAAGAAUCCUUUGGGGAUAAAUGUACAAGGGAGAUUUAUCAGACUUGCGCAAAACUAUGGCUACAUGAUCGCCUUUUACUCCAUGGGAAUCUUGUUGCCAUUCCUAUGUGCAAAGAAACCUAUUUUUUCAGUGUGAUGGGUACAAAGAGGUUAUUGACGGAUGCCGUUAGACAGAAAUUGGUAAACGGAGGAAGAUAUGAGUUAUCUCGUGAUGAGGCUCAAUAUCCUGAUCUGGACCAGGGGAGAUUUGCCUUUUUCUUGGAUGCUGAAACAGAAGUACAUCUGUGUACUUCAUUGUCAUUAAGUACACAAAAUCCUUAUGGAAAGCAUAUGCCUCUGGUAGAGGUUUCAUCAAAAGAUAUCACUGAGAAAGAGGGGAUCAGUGAUUCAAAAUUAGGUGGUCUAUCAAAAGAAUUUGGAAUGCUAAAAGAAAUAAUUGUUUCUUCAUCAGUCAAUGCCACUCUGUCAAGCAUGGGUCUACGACCUACGAAAGGGGUACUUCUCUAUGGUCCACCUGGCACAGGAAAGACAUCUUUAGCUAAGUCAUGUGUUCGGGAUGCUGGUGUCAACCUGUUCUCCAUAAAUGGACCUGAGAUUAUCAGUCAGUUCCAUGGAGAAAGUGAGCAAGCAUUGCACGAAAUCUUCGAUUCAGCUACUCGAGCUGCACCUGCUGUGGUGUUCAUUGAUGAAUUGGACGCUAUUGCUCCAGCACGAAAAGAUGGAGGUGAAGAACUUUCUCAAAGGAUGGUUGCCACAUUGUUGAACUUGAUGGAUGGAGCUAGUAGAACUGAAGGUGUACUCGUUAUUGCGGCCAGCAAUAGGCCUGAUACUAUUGAUCCUGCACUGAGACGCCCUGGAAGACUAGACCGAGAAAUUGAAAUAGGAGUGCCAUCCCCAAAGCAGCGGUUGGAUAUACUACUCUGCCUUCUCAACGGGAUGGACCAUUCCCUCACGAGCACACAAGUUGAAAAUCUUGCUUCUGCAACACAUGGAUUUGUAGGUUCAGAUCUAUCUGCGCUCUGCAAUGAAGCUGCAUUAGUUUGUCUCAGACAUUUUGUUGCAUCUAGGAAAACUAUGGAUUCUUCCAGACAGAUGUCCGGAAAAGUGCAUUCCAAGGUUGCAUGUCUGGAUGAUGAUAGUUGCACAGAUGUUAUAACCGUAGCAUCGGGUGACAUUAAUGGUAUAGUGCAUAUCACUUCUUCCUCAGAUCAAGAGGAUUCUGCAUCGACUGAGAAUGUACGCCCAUUUGGUUCGUGUACACCAAAUGAUCAUGACUAUACUUUUCUUCAGAAUUCAAUUCAACUAAGCUGUGACAAGGUGACUUCAACGUCAGAAGAAGGAAGUUUGCCGAAAGUGACGUUUGAUGAUUUUGAAAAGGCUAAGAUGAGAGUGAGACCCAGUGCCAUGCGAGAGGUUACGCUUGAGGUUCCGAAGGUGAGGUGGGAUGAUGUCGGCGGACAGAUUGAAGCUAAGAAACAACUAAUAGAGGCUGUAGAAUGGCCGCAAAAGCAUCGAGAUGCUUUUAAGCGAAUUGGCAGCCGGCCACCGACAGGUGUUUUGAUGUUUGGUCCGCCAGGUUGCAGUAAGACUCUACUGGCACGUGCUGUAGCUUCACAAGCAGGACUGAAUUUUCUUGCAGUUAAGGGACCGGAACUUUUUAGCAAAUGGGUCGGUGAAUCUGAGAAGGCAGUAAGAUCUGUCUUUGCCAAAGCUAGAGCUAAUGCUCCGUCCAUCAUAUUUUUUGACGAAAUAGAUGGCCUUGCCAUUGUACGGGGACAGGAGAACGAUGGGGGCGCUUCAGUUGGCGACAGAGUUAUGAGUCAACUUCUUGUUGAGUUGGACGGUUUGCACCAAAGAGUUGAUGUUACUGUUAUUGCUGCUACCAAUCGCCCAGACAAGAUCGAUUCUGCGCUUCUUAGACCAGGACGUUUUGAUCGAUUGCUCUAUGUGGGACCUCCAAAUGAGACUGACCGGGAAGAUAUAUUUCACAUCCACAUACAGAAGAUGCCUUGUGGUUUGGAUGUCAGCAUACGGGAGCUGUCUAUUCUCACUGAUGGCUGUACUGGUGCAGAUAUAUCGUUAAUCUGUCGUGAAGCAGCUCUCGCAGCUAUUGAAGAGAGCCCUGAAAUUUCAGAAAUAUCAAUGGCACAUUUCGAAACUGCACUUGAACGAGUGCAGCCGUCAGACGUCCAGUCUUCCCAAGACUUAUCUAGAAAAUUUCAAAGGCUUGUUAGCAGCAGUCCUACGAGAGAUGACGUGGAACCUCGGGCGAGUUGGAACUCAUCCAACCAGGUCACAAUAUGGUCUCAUAUAAAAUCGCAUCUGCCCGCUACUCUUUUGGGGCUUCUUGCAGCCGUUGCACUUUCAAAGGCUCGUUAGUAGGACUGCCCGCUACUCUUUUUGGGCUUCUUGCAGCCUUUGCACUUUCGAAGGCUCAUUAGUAGGACGCAAUACUUCCCCUUGGAUGCAAGUAUAACAUCACAUUUGUACGUACAGUUCGUUUGUUUGUUUUUUUUUUGUUUUUUUUUUUGAUGCAAUUGUACGUACAGCUUACCACUUUUUGUACCACCCAUAUUCAGUGAGUUGUAGCAAGGAUGAAUUUGGAUUUUGAACUAUAUGAACAUGAGAAGUUUUGUUCUA